GCAUCGUUGCAAGAGCUGAUGCAGACAAACAGAAAUAAUCCAAAGAUGAAGACCUUGAUGGUUGUGUUGGGUUUAUCCCUCUUCACCUUGUGUGUGGCUGAGGUCCUGCAUCUGGAUCAACAGGCAAAAGACACCAGCAGCAUCCAGAGUCCCAGCGUCGCAUGUGCUUGUCACUGCGAGAUCCCAGAUUCGGAUGGCAGUUCUCUUAAAGCCUUGAAAGAAUUGGAGGACAAGCAGAGAAUCACUGAGAAAGAGAUAAAGGAUCUGAGGAGGGAGCUCAAAGCCUCUCAAGGUAACAAGGUCUUGAAGGUGGCAUUUGGAGCAGCCCUGGGCAAUGUUGGAAAUAUAUUAGCUCAGAGCAGAGAGAUCACACUGACCUACAAGACCGUCCUCUCAAACACAGGCUCAUACAACCCUGCUACAGGUAUUUUCACUGCUCCGGUCAAAGGGAUGUAUUACUUCAGCUUCUCUGGUCAUAAUUUAUCAAGUAAGCCAAUGGGGCUGCGACUCAUGAAGAAUGGAGUGCAGAUCGUUACCGUGUUCAAUCAUCAAUUUGGAAAUCGCCCUGAAACGGCAACUAACGGCAUGACUAUACCUCUUAAUGUGGGAGACAAGGUGUACAUGACGCUCCGUGUGAAUACGUGGAUUUUUGAUAAUCUUAAUUACCACAGCACCUUCAAUGGAUUUCUGUUAUUCCCUUUCUGAGAAAAAUAAACUCCAGAGAGAGAAGAGAGAGUCAGUGAGGUGCAGUACAUUGUUACUUCAAUUGGGGUGUUGUUUAAUGAAUUAAAGUGUUAAUGAAAACACUGUGUAAUAAUAAAUCAAGUUAAACGGGAUCCUGAUCAAAACUUUGUUAAUUGAAAGUUUUAUAUUGAUUGAUAUUAUGUUUCUUUUUGUGUUGUGUUUCUUUUUAAUCAAUAAACACACUCCAGCAUCAAA